AUGGAUGUGAAUCCAGAGGACAUCAUGACCUGUGAAUGGCGCUUCUGCUGGCUGAGCCUGCGGCAUCCCCCCUCAGAAACUUUGAUGGAUACGCGGACGGCGACGGCCGAGCUGGGCUGGACUGCCAACCCACCCUCGGGGUGGGAAGAGGUCAGUGGCUACGACGAAAACCUCAACACCAUCCGUACGUACCAGGUGUGCAACGUCUUCGAGCCCAACCAGAACAACUGGCUCCUCACCACGUUCAUCAACCGGCGCGGCGCUCACCGCAUCUACACCGAGAUGCGCUUCACUGUGCGGGACUGCAGCAGCCUCCCCAACGUCCCCGGCUCCUGCAAGGAGACCUUCAACCUCUACUACUACGAGACAGACUCUGUCAUUGCCACCAAGAAGUCCACCUUCUGGACAGAGGCACCCUACCUCAAAGUGGACACCAUCGCUGCUGACGAGAGCUUCUCCCAGGUGGACUUUGGGGGCAGGUUGAUGAAGGUGAACACAGAAGUGAGAAGUUUCGGGCCCCUGACCCGCAAUGGCUUUUACCUGGCCUUCCAGGACUACGGGGCUUGUAUGUCUCUGCUGUCUGUCAGGGUCUUCUUCAAGAAGUGCCCCAGCGUGGUGCAGAACUUCGCCAUCUUCCCGGAGACGAUGACAGGAGCGGAGAGCACGUCCCUGGUGACUGCCCGGGGCACCUGCAUCCCCAACGCCGAGGAGGUGGACGUGCCCAUCAAGCUGUACUGCAACGGCGACGGGGAGUGGAUGGUCCCCAUCGGCCGCUGCACCUGCAAGGCUGGCUAUGAGCCGGAGAACAACGUGGCUUGCAAAGUGGUUUUACUGCAGGGACCAGGCAGGGAUUUGGGAGCAGUGGCCAACCUGUGGCUUCUUGGAGUGCUCUGGUCAGUGGCCAGUCUCGGCGAGGCCGCGGGUGCCGGCGCCGCUUCCGCCGCCCUCCCGCUGGAAGCCGCCUCCGGGAUCCGGUGCCUUCAAAGCGCGGCGCUCGCCGGCUGA